GGAGGAGGAGGGAUCGCUGGGCCCCCGGCCGCCGUGGCCGGCUCGGCCUGCCCUUUGUGCCCGCAGCCCGCGCCCCGUGCCGAUGGCCGCUGCGCCGGGCUUCCCGACCGCUCGCGCCCGCAGACGGACCUAACCCCGCGCGCCUGGGAUGCGCCGGGGAUGCGCGUCCUCCGGCCCUGCGGCUCCUCGCGGCUGGGCGCCGGGCGAUGGAGCUGAGCAUGAAGUUCACCGUGCGCAGGUUCUUCUCCGUGUACCUGCGCAAGAAGUCGCGCUCCAAGAGCUCCAGCCUUAGCCGACUCGAGGAAGAGGGCAUCGUGAAGGAGAUUGACAUCAGUCAUCAUGUGAAAGCAGGCUUUGAAAAGGCCGACCCUUCCCAGUUUGAACUGUUAAAAGUUUUGGGACAAGGGUCCUAUGGAAAGGUGUUCCUGGUGAGGAAGGUCAAGGGGUCAGAUGCUGGGCAGCUCUACGCAAUGAAGGUUCUUAAGAAGGCCACCUUGAAAGUUCGGGACCGAGUCAGAUCGAAGAUGGAGAGAGACAUUUUGGCAGAAGUGAAUCACCCUUUCAUCGUAAAGCUUCAUUACGCCUUCCAGACGGAGGGAAAACUCUAUCUGAUUCUGGACUUCCUGCGCGGAGGGGACCUCUUCACCAGGCUCUCCAAAGAGGUGAUGUUCACGGAGGAGGAUGUCAAGUUCUACCUGGCUGAGCUGGCCUUGGCUUUAGACCACCUGCACAGUCUGGGCAUCAUCUACAGAGACCUGAAGCCAGAAAACAUCCUCCUGGACGAAGAGGGGCAUAUUAAGAUCACAGACUUCGGGCUGAGUAAGGAGGCCAUCGACCACGACAAGAGAGCCUAUUCGUUCUGCGGGACGAUCGAGUACAUGGCGCCCGAGGUGGUGAACCGGCGGGGCCACACGCAGAGCGCAGACUGGUGGUCCUUUGGCGUGCUCAUGUUCGAGAUGCUCACGGGGUCACUGCCAUUCCAGGGGAAGGACAGGAAGGAGACCAUGGCCCUCAUCCUCAAAGCCAAGCUGGGCAUGCCGCAGUUCCUCAGCGUGGAGGCUCAGAGUCUUCUGAGAGCCCUCUUCAAACGGAACCCCUGCAACCGGCUGGGUGCUGGCCUGGACGGCGUAGAGGAGAUGAAGCGCCACCCUUUCUUUGUCACCAUCGACUGGAACAAGCUGUACAGGAAGGAGAUCAAGCCGCCCUUCAAGCCGGCGGUGGGCAGGCCAGAGGACACCUUCCACUUCGACCCCGAGUUCACGGCGAGGACGCCCACAGACUCACCUGGCGUCCCCCCCAGUGCCAACGCUCAUCAUCUGUUUAGAGGAUUCAGUUUUGUGGCCUCCAGCCUGGCGCAGGAGCCCUCGCAGCAAGAUCUGCACAAAGCCGCGGUUCACCCCAUCGUGCAGCAGUUACACGGGAACAACACCCGCUUCACCGAUGGCUAUGAGGUCAAGGAGGACAUCGGGGUGGGCGCCUACUCCGUAUGCAAGCGCUGUGUGCACAUGGCCACAGACGCCGAGUACGCCGUGAAGAUCAUCGAUAAGAGUAAAAGGGACCCCUCGGAAGAGAUUGAGAUCCUCCUGCGGUACGGCCAGCACCCCAACAUCAUCACCCUCAAAGACGUCUACGACGACGGGAAGUUCGUGUACCUGGUGAUGGAGCUGAUGCGGGGUGGGGAGCUGCUGGACCGUAUCCUGCGGCAGAGGUACUUUUCCGAGCGGGAGGCCAGCGACGUGCUGUGCACCAUCACCAAGACCAUGGACUACCUCCAUUCCCAGGGGGUCGUUCAUCGAGACCUGAAGCCGAGCAAUAUUCUGUAUAUGGACGAGUCUGGAAACCCCGAAUCCAUCCGAAUCUGUGAUUUCGGGUUUGCCAAGCAGCUGCGAGCCGAGAAUGGGCUGCUGAUGACCCCCUGCUACACAGCCAACUUCGUUGCCCCGGAGGUCCUGAAGCGGCAAGGCUAUGACGCGGCUUGUGACAUCUGGAGUCUGGGGAUCCUGCUGUACACCAUGCUGGCGGGAUUUACCCCUUUUGCAAACGGACCAGAUGAUACCCCUGAGGAUAUCUUGGCAAGGAUUGGCAGCGGGAAGUACGCCCUUUCCGGGGGGAACUGGGAUUCCAUAUCUGAUGCGGCAAAGGAUGUCGUAUCCAAGAUGCUCCAUGUGGAUCCUCAGCAGCGCCUGACAGCAGUUCAAGUCCUCAGACACCCGUGGAUUGUGAACAGAGAGUACCUGUCCCCAAACCAGCUCCGCAGACAGGACGUCCACUUGGUGAAGGGAGCGAUGGCCGCCACCUACUUUGCUCUGAACAGAGCCCCCCAGGCCCCGCGGCUGGAGCCCGUGUUGUCCUCCAGCCUGGCCCAGCGCCGGGGCAUGAAGAGACUCACGUCUACGCGGCUGUAGCCGAGCCCGGCGCCCGC